UUAUACGGAAGUGCUACAGCAUGUGACCUGCUACUUUGACCUCCAGCAGAUCAAUAGUAACUACUCUAGCAUCUCCGCUGCAUUCUCGCGUCUACAAUGUCGAAAAUCCAAGGCGGUACGGUGGUCGAAGUUCAGGGCGACGAGAUGACGCGAGUCAUCUGGGAUCUCAUCAAGCAAAAACUCAUCACACCAUUUGUCGAGCUCGAUUUGAAAUCGUUCGAUCUGAGCAUUCAGAACCGCGAUGCAACCGACGACCGAGUGACGGUGGAGUGCGCCGAGGCAAUCAAGAAAUACAACGUCGGAAUAAAGUGCGCGACCAUCACUCCAGACGAGAAACGCGUGGAGGAGUUCAACCUGAAGAAGAUGUGGAAGUCUCCGAAUGGGACAAUACGCAACAUCAUCGGAGGCACCGUCUUUCGCGAGGCCAUCAUCUGCAAGAACAUUCCGCGUUUGGUGACCACGUGGAAAUUGCCCAUUGUGAUCGGACGCCACGCCUACGCUGAUCAAUACAGAGCCACCGACUUCGUCGUUCCCGGAUGUGGCACGGUCGAGAUCAGUUUCAAACCUGCUGAUGGAUCAGAAUGCGUGGUGCACACCGUCCAUCAGUUUGUGGAUGGAGGAGGAGUCGCUUUGGGAAUGUUCAACACUGAUGCAUCGAUUCGUGAUUUUGCGGAAAGCUCGUUUCGGGUCGCUCUCGACAGAGGCUGGCCACUCUACAUGAGUACAAAGAAUACGAUCUUGAAAAAAUACGAUGGCCGAUUUAAGGACAUAUUUCAAGAGGUGUACGAACAGCAAUACAAACAGAAAUUCGAGGCGAAGGGUAUCUGGUAUGAGCACAGGCUCAUCGACGACAUGGUUGCUUAUGCAUUGAAGUCGGAAGGUGGAUUUGUGUGGGCGUGUAAGAAUUAUGACGGCGACGUUCAGUCGGAUUCUAUUGCUCAAGGUUACGGCAGCCUCGGAAUGAUGACAAGCGUUCUUGUCUGUCCCGACGGUAAAACGCUGGAAUCCGAGGCGGCACAUGGUACGGUGACUCGGCAUUAUCGCCUUCAUCAACAAGGAAAGGAGACGUCGACCAAUCCGAUUGCAUCGAUAUUUGCCUGGACGAGGGGACUGGCGCAUCGAGCAAAACUUGAUAGCAAUCAUGCUCUGGAUAAAUUCUGUACAGCAUUAGAAAAGGUGUGCAUCGAGACCAUCGAGUCGGGUUCGAUGACAAAGGAUUUGGCUAUCUGCGUCAAGGGAUCAGCUAAUGUGAGUCAAGGUGACUACCUCAACACGUUUGAAUUUCUUGACAAACUGGCCGAAAAUCUACGAAAGAAAGCCAAACUCUAAUACUUAACAGUGCAACAUAGUCUUUUCGUGUUAUUUGAAUUGUGUUGCAUGUUUGAUUGAAGAACACAAGACGUUAUUGUCACGUGUACGCACGUGCAGUCUUAGA